GCUAACUGCAAUUUGCACUGAAGCCCCGGUAGCUUCUUCACACACGGUCAGGUGUAAGGGCAUCAGUUAACCAGCCAGUCAGUGUCUGGUGGUUGAAUGUUGAACUGAGUGUUUUUCUUUUUUCUGAGUGACUGAGAGACCCUGCCCUCAUUGUUUAUCGCCCCAUUGACGUGCUGGAAGCGAAUGGGAGCAGGAGGGCUUGUCUCUCGCCUCCAGAGGUCAUUCCGCCCACAGCUGCCACUUGUUGCCAAAAAAACCCUCAGCGACCGUGGACUCGCCGCGCAAUCAGAGACCUAGUUAUCUGCCUGUCUGUCUAUAACCAGAUUUUAAUAUACUUUUAUACAGUUCAAUCGGGGCCGUCGCAUCUCGAUGUUGAGGCAGGAAUACGGCGCUAUCUGACUGUGUCUGAAAAAGGGACCCUUUUUAAUAGAUUAAUAUUGCUUUUGACGGGAGAAGCAUGGUGGACAACGCGAGCAUAGCAACUAAAUCUGCGCUGCAAGCCACGUUUUCCUCGGCCAGCAGCCUCCCGCUGCUCGUCCCCUCCUCGGCCGUCUCCCACGUCCACUUCCCCGGCGCUUCGCCUCAGCAGCAGCAGCAGCCUCACAGCGGAGGCGGCGGUGCUGGAGGUAUGAAGCUAGAGGCGGUUAUGGAGAACCUGCAGCGGCAGCAGGCUGCCCGCCUAGCCCUGGAAGAGAAGCUCCGGCAGGCUGAGCGAGACGGCGACUUCAGGGCGGCCGUGGAGACCCACAUGCAGCAGCAGGCUCUCGCCUUCCGCCGCUACCACGCGUCCGUCCGCGGAGCGCUGGCCGGAGCGGGGGCGCCCGGCUCCGCGGAGAGGCACCGCCUGAGUGGCGUUGGAGUCAGUGGCGGCGUCGGACAGCUGGAUCUCCGGCGGCCCCCGCAGCGCUCCGACACGGACGAAGAGGUGGACGCGGAGGAGCUGGAGGAGCAGGAGAACGGCGGCGAAGACGACGAUGAUGACGACCUCGGGGAAGGAGACAGCCUGAACGAAGGAGGCAUGGAAGAGGAGAUGGAGGGUGUCGAAGGAGUCCUGGGGCACUACCCGGCUCGCCUUCCCCUCCACUCCCCGAGCAGCGCGCUCCCCCUGCCGCGACUGCAGCAGCCCCAGUACGUGCCGGCGCCAAGACAGCCCGGGUCACCGAGCGGUCUCUCGGCUCACACACACCCACAACAGCACGAGUGGACUUACGAGGAGCAGUUCAAGCAGUCAGGAAAAGGCAGCGGGCCAGAGAGGAAGCUGGGAAAUUCAAGUGUUGCUUUCGGUGAUGCCGGCGGCUCCUCAUCUCUGAUUCAGAAGUUGUAUGAGCUAGAUGAUGAUGAAAAAAGAAAAGAAUUCCUCGACGAUCUCUUCAGUUUCAUGCAGAAAAGAGGGACUCCAGUGAAUCGGAUUCCUAUCAUGGCCAAGCAGGUGUUGGAUCUCUACACUCUCUACAAGCUUGUCACCGAAAAAGGCGGCUUAGUGGAAGUCAUCAAUAAGAAAAUAUGGCGCGAGAUUACCAAAGGCCUGAACCUCCCUACCUCCAUCACCAGUGCAGCUUUCACUCUCCGGACCCAGUAUAUGAAGUAUCUAUAUCCCUAUGAAUGUGAAAAGCGGGGACUCAGCUCACCUGGAGAGCUGCAGGCUGCUAUCGACAGCAACCGCCGUGAGGGCCGCAGGCAGAGCUACGGCUCCGCCCUCUUCAACUAUUCCCCCGUUGGCACGCCCACACUGCUGCCCUCCCCCAAGCUCACCAUGCCCCACAUCAGCAUGCCAAGUCCCAAUGGAGCACAAAUGGCCCACACCCCUGUCAUCAAGAAAGGUCUGUGCAGCAGGUCUUACGGUAUCCCUCCGCUCUGUUCUGCAGAAGACUCCGUGCUGGCUGGCUGUCUGACUAAUCGGGUGGGCAUCCCUGUGUCUUUGGCCGGACACCACGGUGCAGCUGCUCAGGCUGCAGCAGCGCAGGCCGCGGCAGCAGCAGCAGUACAGGCAGCUGCGCUGGAGCAGCUGCGAGAGAAGCUGGAGGCUGGGGAGCCGCCAGAGAAGAAAGUGAUGCUGAUGGCCGAAGAGCAGCAGAGGAUCAUGCAGCAUGCACUUCAGCACAACCUCUUUGCCAUGGCAACCCAGCUGCCUAUGAACAUUAAGCUGAACAACAGAGAUGAUAGACAAGAGACCGCAUUGAACCUGUCUACCAACGGCAUUAGCAGCAUCAACAUGUCAAUAGAAAUAAAUGGAGUUGUCUACACAGGGGUGUUGUUUGCUCGCAAGCCGGCCAUUUCUGUCAUGCCGGGCAGCCAGCGAGCCCAGCACCACGCCGGCUCUCAGGGAAAGAGCAACAGCCCCGGUCUCAGCAGCCACCUCCCACCGUCCUCUUCCUCCUCCUCCUCCUCUUCCUCCUUCCAUGGACCAGCUGCUUCACCAUGAGCCGUCUCCCCAACCAAAGGCCACUAAACCUGCUCCCAUUUCUCCCAAAGACGCAAAGCAGGCUGCUAAACUCUCCACUUCUUUGUUCCUUCGGUAUCCUCUGAUGAUGGCUUCCUGCUCUUUUUUUUUUUUCUUUCUUUUUUUUACACAUUCUCCUGUGAUCCUCGUGACAGAAUCUGACAUCUAUCUCCGGAGAAGAACUUCCACAUGAGAACAAAAGGUUGCGCUUAGUCCCAGCGGCUUCCAGCGGCACAUGUGAAGUGCAUUAAAUAUACAUACGAGGCAAGCUAUUAUUUUUCCUCUGAGGACACAUUUCUAAGUGUGAAGCUUCAUUGUGAGGCUCGCUAUAUGACAGUGCCACAAGCAGGUGAGGAAAACGGACAGAAAGCUGAAGAAUAAACGAGUGCUUUGUGCUUCGGCUGCUCGUAUGGAGCGCUCCGGCAGGAUUCUCCACAACAGUACAGACUUUAUCAGCUGUUGAGCAUGAAAAAGUACAAUUUGUCCUGCUUUAAGAACUGUCCAAGUAUCUUUUCAUGUGAAUUAUUAUUAUUAUUAUUAUUAUUAUUAUUAUUAUCAUUAGAUCAAACAACAGACUAGCUCUACUUUCAGCUAAUACCAAAGAGCAUAUGAGUAACAUUGUGGUGUGUGUGUGUGUGUGUGAUGUCCUUUUUGCAUAUGCACAGCUUACAGAUUACAAAUCAAAAAUGCUUAGAUGAUGCCCAUGCCAAGAUUGGGGGGAUAUAUAUAUAUAUAUAUAUAUAUAGAAUACGAAUUAUCAAAUUAAAUUCCUGAAUUUGAAUAUUUUAGUUGUAGUCAAAAUAUAUACAUAUAUCCAGCUUAAAUGAGGGCAUCAAAUAGUCAGGGAGAUAAUGAGACCUCAAUUGAAUGUCUUUUUUAAGACCUGUGUCCACAUAAUCUUUUAUAGAUUGGGACAAUCAUAAGAAAUUCUAAAAGGAGGACAUUUCUUCAUAUCAGUUGUUUUACCUCGUAUGAUUUAAAAAAGCACAGAAGGGAACUUUGGCGGUGUUUGCGUUGCCUCAUGGCUCAGUUUAAUGACCAGGCUCACAAGAGUUUAUUAAACUAAAGUUUCUGUAAUUAAAGUAGCAUUAACAGCUGGUCAGAAGAGGUUUUCAGAGAGUUAACUAUCUUAUUGUUUAGCUUGGGCUUUUUUUUUUUUUUCUUAAAAAAAUAUUAUUUAAAAAAAAGUCUGGUUGAGCACUUUCUCCUGCAUGAACAGGAGACUCCUUAAAGAAAAGAUUAACAAAUAUGGCAAGUAGGCUAAAUGGGACUCUGUUCAAACCAGUAAUUAAAUGAAACAAUGUCUUUGUUGUGACUAGGAUCUGAAUUUUUUAACGUCAUGAACAUUAUUUUCUUUAUUUAUCCCUCUUUUCAGCUAUUGCUCACACUGUUUAAUACCUCUGCUUUGUUAUUUUAACUUUUACUUCUGUCUGUAAGGGAAUUGGGAGGAUAUUCUUUUGUCUUUUAGAAGUCUGUAGAUGAACGAUUUCAAAUUCUAUUUAUUAUUAUUAUUAUAUUCACCUUACUGUUUUUAUUCGAGGCUGUACCAAACCAGCAGUUCCAUGUUCAUUUAUUUUCAUUUUCAUAUAUAUAUAUAUAUAUAUAUAUAUAUAUAUAUAUAUAUAAACCCCAAAAGUUAUUUUACAUACAGCCAGAUACCUCACAGAUCUACCUGUACAUACAUUAUAAUAGAUUAUGAAAACAAGAUAUACCUCAUUUAUUUUGUUUAUUUUUUUUUUUUUUUUGUGAAACCACUUGAAAAUCAAUGCUUUUGUUUCAAAAGAUCACUGGAUUUUUUUUUCUUCCUAUUUUGUAUUGUUAUACCAAAGAAGGGAAUAUAUUAUGAACAAACAUCUACCUCAUUUCUUAUAGACUGUGCCAACAAACAUGACCACACUCGCCAGUUUUUAAGUGUAACUUUUUUCGUCCAGGAUCUGCUUUAAAGUGUGAUACAUCUUGCAAGACUAAGGUCUGUACCUGUUUAGCGCAGGAUAUAAUUGCUUAAUGCAUUGCUUGAUGUCUUUUUUUGUCUGUCGCUUUUUUUUCCUUUGUGUGUGUGUGUGUGUAUGGAAUAUGGAAACGAAUGCCAGAAGGAUUUUACUGUAUGUACACAAUUUGCUUCAAGCUAUUUAAUAUAGAUGUCAGGUGGGGUUAGUAAACAACACACUGACUGAUAAAUCAGUUAAUGUACAGCAAAAACGUACAGUUUUUUACCGCACAGAAUACUUAGUAAAAUGUAAUGCAUAAUCAAAUCUGCAGCCACUGAUGUUUCUUUGGGGUCAAGUGUCUGUAUAUGCACAGUGGCUAUGAGCAGAUAUUUAAUCAAUUCCAGUGUUUACUUGAAUCACUGUUUCUCAUGCACAACGUGUUCUAGGCUUCAGGUGAAGAAGGGCUUGGUUUACUAAAACACUGUCGCUGUCAUAUCAAAACUUUGUUACACAUAGAUCUUAGAUUUUAAACUUGUUUAGCUUUGCUUUAAUACCAUACUGAGUAUCAAUACCAAUACCAAUUUUUUCCCUUCCUUUCCUAUAAUGAUACCAGAUUUUUAAAUAUCUACCAAUACUAAGUACCGAUACAAAUACCCUCUUUUUCCCUUCCGAUACCAACGCAAGAUAAGUCUAGUUUAAAAGAUUCUUAUAAAUCCUGAUAUUAAUAGUGUUCCUAUUUUGUUCCAUUUUAAUUGUAGUGCAAACAAAUAUAAUGAGCAUGAAAAGUAAAUCAUGUGCUGGUUGAGUAUCUGCACAUUUGAAAAGUUUUAGCUUUGUCACAAUACAAGAACAAGAAGAUCAAGAACGGAAGCAUAAUUUUUCCAAUAAACCCGGACAUGCUGCUGGCUUUAGUCAAGCGCCAUCUAGUAGUGAUCAUGCACAUCAGAAACUUAUCUGUGGUAUCGGUGCAGCACUUGUAUAAAUAUUCUGUGCUGAGUGGAUCGACAGAAAGGGUAUGAAACAAAUGAAAAUCUUAGCUAAAUUAGUCAUAUUAGCUCAAAUGAAAAGUUAAUAAUGGCAUUACCUUCUGCUUUGAAAUACAGGAGGUUUUGUUAUGACAGCAGCAGCAGUGCAGCACAGCCCGGUGACUGAAGUGUGAAGUGAAGUCUGGCUCAGUCGCUCAGGUUUUGCAUAAGCUUGGAAAGUAUGCUCUUGCAAAUGUCUGCAGUAAACCUAGCCUGGAAAUGAGAUCUGAAUGUUGAAACAUAACUUAAAGUUUUAAUCAGACAUUAAGGAUGUAAACUAAAUCAGCCAAACCAAGAAAAAAUUUAGUUUUUAAUACUGAUCUACAUUUAGCCUCUAUCAAUUCAGCGCAUUUUAAUAUUACUUUACUAAGUUUACUGUCAUUUACUGUUGUUGUAAUAGAAUUGUAUGGUUUGUUGGUUCCAAGAUAUUCUGUUAACUAUGGUAAUGUAUUCACUUCAGGCCUUGCUUGAUGGACGCUAACCUUGACAGAAACAUAACAGGUGUUACCAUUGUUUAGCACAGUGAAGUAAAGUAAAGCAGUAAAGCGCAACUCGACGAUCAUCUUUAUCCUUGUGUAAAAGCAAGUACUGAAGGAAAUGAAUAUAUGUGUGUGAAAUGCAGAAAAGGAGCACAAUUGAUGCACAAAUUUCACAUUUCCUGAGCGUUUUUUAUCAUUUGAUCAUUUGCAGACAUAUCAAAGAAUGUGCUCUUAUAGUUUUUUUGUAUUUUUCCACGCUAGGUGGCACAGUCUAUUCUCUCACACGGCCGUCAGCUCCCACAUCCACCCAUAUUACUAAGCUGCAGAGAUUCGUGCUGAAAUCUCUGGAGUGUUUGUCGACUGUGAAACAAGAAUGAUUCCUGUAACCAAAGCUUUUCCAAAAACAAGCUAUGUUCACUGAUGUUCACUGCUUUUUAAAAUAAAAGCUUAUUUAUCAUUUUGCUGAAGGUUAAUAAAAAAAGGGUUCACUCGUGCUUAUGAAAGAAAAAAAUAAUAUGUUUACUUUGUUAGAUAUGUAAACAAUGCUAUGCUGGUAGAUUUUAGAUCCUAUUCGCUGUGUAUGAAGCUUCAAACAUUUCUAUAAUUUCCCUUUUAUUUACUUUGGAUAAAUCCAGUGCAUUAUGGGAAAGCUGGAUUGUGGUGCUCAGGGGUUAAAAAAGUACAAAAAAAACAGGUGAAAGAGAUUUUUUUGUUUGUUUGUUUGUUUUGCCAUUAACUUGUAGCAUAAAUAGAAAUAAAGUACUGCUUUCAACUUUACCAACCAA